GCUCCCGCGGCUCCGGGGACGGCGAGACGGGCAAGCCCAGGAAGGUGGCGCUCAUCACGGGCAUCACGGGCCAGCCUAGAGGUCUCAGUUCCAGAGAGAGGGAUGCUUCCAGCAGGAGACACAGCAGUGACCCCACUGAACUGAAGUUAAGACUCACCGGCCACUUUGGGCUCCUCAGGCCUCUGAGUCAACAGGCCCAGAAGGGUGUCACGGGGUUGGCGGAGUGAUUGACCCUGACCACCGGGCUGGACAGCUGCUCCGCAGUGGAAGAGUGGAAAAGCACAGCAAAGCCACGCAGGCAGGACUGUUCAUGUCCCAGACCCUUCAGAAGUGAAGGUUUCGGUCACCCCACCAGGACGGCUCCUACUUGGCCGAGUUCCUGCUGGAGAAGGGCUACGAGGUCCAUGGAAUUGUACGGCGAUCCAGUUCAUUCAAUACUGGUCGAAUUGAACAUCUGUAUAAGAACCCCCAGGCUCAUAUUGAAGGAAACAUGAAACUGCACUAUGGCGACCUCACCGACAGUACCUGCCUCGUAAAGAUCAUCAAUGAAGUGAAGCCGACCGAGAUCUACAACCUCGGAGCCCAGAGCCACGUCAAGAUGGUAACCUGGGAGGAUGGCGACAGAUCAGCCAAUAAUGAUACUUCUUCUCUGUCUCUGCUGUCUCGGAAGAUUUCUUUUGACCUGGCUGAAUAUACUGCGGACGUCGAUGGGGUCGGCACCUUACGGCUUCUGGAUGCAGUGAAGACCUGUGGCCUUAUCAACUCUGUGAAGUUCUACCAAGCCUCAACAAGCGAGCUUUAUGGGAAAGUGCAGGAAAUACCGCAGAAGGAGACCACUCCUUUCUACCCGCGCUCGCCAUACGGGGCAGCAAAGCUCUAUGCCUAUUGGAUUGUGGUGAACUUCCGGGAGGCGUAUAAUCUGUUCGCGGUGAACGGCAUCCUCUUCAAUCAUGAGAGCCCCAGGAGAGGAGCUAAUUUUGUUACUCGAAAAAUUAGCCGGUCAGUAGCUAAGAUUUACCUUGGACAACUGGAAUGUUUCAGCUUGGGGAAUCUGGACGCCAAGCGAGAUUGGGGCCACGCCAGGGACUACGUGGAGGCCAUGUGGCUGAUGCUGCAGAGUGAUGAACCCGAGGACUUUGUCAUAGCCACGGGGGAGGUCCACAGCGUCCGGGAAUUCGUAGAGAAGUCGUUUCUGCACAUCGGAAAAACCAUCGUGUGGGAAGGAGAGAAUGAAAAUGAAGUGGGCAGGUGCAAAGAGACCGGCAAAGUUCACGUGACCGUGGAUCUCAAGUACUACCGACCAACUGAAGUGGACUUUCUGCAGGGAGACUGCACCAAAGCGAAGCAGAAGCUCAGCUGGAAGCCCCGGGUCGCCUUCGAUGAGCUGGUGAGGGAGAUGGUGGACGCCGACGUGGAGCUCAUGAGUACCAACCCCAACGCCUGAGCGCCCAGCGGUGCCCGCGCCCGGGCCGCCGAGGUUUGCAGCAGCCGGGACGGGUUCCCGCGGCGCCCCCUCUACUUUUGUCCAGGCCUCUGCUCUGAUCGGUUCUGGUAGUCAAGGUGUUUUGAUCACAUACUCACUGUACUUGAAAUCAUGUCUCUAGACAAGUGAAAUUGUGGGGCUUUCAAAUGGCUUUUCUCUUUUCUUAUUAAAAAUGUCCUUUCUCUUAACCUGCA